AUGUCGAGUAUGCUGUUCUUACUGCCGUUGCUACUUCUCAUGACGAUGGGUGCCCCUACCCAUGCCUGGUCACGGCCCCUCUGGUACCAAGUGGGGCUGGACUUGCAGCCUUGGGGGUGCCAGCCAAACCUGGAAGGUUGCAGGAGCAGCAUAGGCUGCCCUGGUUAUUGGAUGAGCCUGGGAGGGAACCGUAUCUACCCAGUGGCUGGAGUCACCAUCACCACCACCAUGAUGCUGGUGGCCAGCCGUGUGAUGCUGCAGCGGUGGCGUGCCCAGGACACGAAGGGAAAGGUCCCACAGGUGACCACCAGCCCCUUCAGACACUGGAAGCGGCAGUCUGCCGUAUCAGACCGCACCCUGCUCCUCAAGGUCCUCCACUUGCUGGAUGCCAUUCUGCUCCACAUCGAGAGCCACCUGCAGCGGCUUGCUUCCCAGCAACAAAUCCAAAUAAAGGGGACGCCCUCCCAGUCUGGGUGA